AUGGGGCUUGAUGUCAUUUGUUGUCAAAGACUAUACUUCAUUUGCAUUUCUCUUUUCUUUCUGAUAAUUUCAAACUGGAUCCAGCAGGGUUUAGUUACUGAAGGUAGAAAGACUCACAAACAAAGUGGUUUUGACCAGACAAUACGUGAGGAUAAGACAAUACUGAGGGCACAAAUAGGCUCAAGGCCACCAAAAUGUGAAAGAAGGUGUAGGUCAUGUGGACACUGUGAAGCUAUUCAGGUACCUACAAACCCCCAAGUGCAUAACGGAAAGAUAAACUCUUCAAAGUUCUCUGCAAUUGCUUAUGCAAGGCGAAAUGACGAUUCCAACUACAAGCCCAUGAGUUGGAAGUGCAAAUGUGGGAACCUCAUUUUCAACCCCUGAAUCCAGUUGUACCACAAUUUUUUUUUUUCUUUUUGAUAUA